AUGGCUCAAGGUCAUCUCAUACCAAUGGUUGACAUAGCAAGGAUCCUAGCCCAACAUGGUGCUAUGGUCACCAUAAUCACAACUCCAAUCAAUGCAAACCGUUUUAAAUCAGUCACAAAUCGUGCAAUCAAAGCUAAACUCAACAUCCAAGUUCUUGAACUCCAACUACCAUUAUCUGAAGCCGGUUUACCCGAAGGAUGUGAGAAUUUUGACUUGCUCCCAACAGCAGCACAAGCGGUCAACAUGUUCACAGCAAUGGUGUUGCUAGAACAACCCGCGGAAAAGAUGCUCCGUGGGUUAUACCCGCCUCCAAAUUGCAUCAUCUCAGAUGGUGGUUUUCCUUGGACUAUGGAUAUUGCAAAAAGGUUAAAUAUUCCUAGGUUUGUAUUCUAUGGGCCCGGAUGUUUCGCGUUUUUGUGUAUACACAUUGUGACAAAUACUAAUAUACUAAAUGAAAUUGACUCCAACUCGGAGUACUUUGUAAUGCCUGGGAUUCCUGAUAGGAUUGAAGUUACUAAACCUCAGGCUUCAACGUGGGGAAAAGGAGAUACUAAAGAAACUACUGAUAACUUUGAAAGACUGAUGGAAGCCGAGAAAAGUUCAAGUGGGAUUGUGGUUAAUACUUUUGAGGAAUUGGAGCCGAAGUACGUUGCAGAGUUUGCAAAAGUGAAAGGUAAGAAAGUUUGGUGUAUAGGUCCGGUUUCAUUAUGUAACAAAAGUUUACAAGAUAUAUCCGAGAGAGGAAAUAAAUCCGCGAUUCAUGAACAAGAUUGUUUGAAAUGGUUGGAUUUGCGGGACCCACAGUCUGUAGUGUACGUAUGCUUGGGAAGUCUAUCGUAUGCUUCUACAGAACAAUCGAUUGAGCUAGGGUUAGCAUUGGAGUUAUCGAAUAAACCUUUUAUUUGGUUUGUUAGGAACGCAAGUGAAGAACUUGAGAAAUGGAUCUUAGAAGAAGGAUUCAAAGAAAGGGUUAAAGAUAGAGGAUUGAUGGUUCAUGGCUGGGCUCCACAAAUGUUGAUUUUGUCACAUCGAGCGAUUGGGGGUUUUGUGACGCAUUGUGGGUGGAAUUCGACUCUUGAAGGGAUCUCUGCUGGGAUUCCAAUGGUUACUUGGCCGCAUUUUGGAGAACAGUUUUUGAAUGAAAGAUUUGUGAUAGAUGUGUUAAGAAUUGGUGUGAGGAUUGGUGUGGAGGUUCCUGUUAUGUUCUAUGAGCAAGAUAAGGCGGAAAAAUUGUUGCUGACGAGGGAAGAGAUUAGGGCAGCUGUUGAAGGUUUAAUGGAUGGUGGAGAGGAAGGAGAAGCGAGAAGAAAGAGAGCGAGAAAGCUUGGGGAAAUGGCGAAGAUGGCAAUGGAAGAAGGGGGUUCGUCUCAUCUCAACAUGACAUUGAUGAUUCAAGCUAUUACAGAAGAAGUAGCUAAGAAGACUAUACCGAUUCAAGAUAUUGUGUAG